CAACAGGGGAAGCAGCCAAGACUACCCUUUCCACGCAGAAGUCCAGAAGAUGGCGCCUCAGGAUUUCUUCAGCUGGUACACACGGAUGUGUGCCAUGUGCCAGAAGCAACUCUCAGUCACAAGCGGUACUUCGUUUCGUUCAUUGCACGCUAUGCGGUGGCUGUUCUCAUGGCACACAAGGGAGAGGUCUACCAUCACUUCCAGGUCUACAAAAGCUGGGCACAAAAUGCCACUGGCUGUACCAUCCAGACACUACGCUCAGAUGGCGGCGGUGAGUAUAGGAGCAAUGAGUUUCUGGCAUUUCUUGCUCAGGCUGGAAUCCACCACGAGUACACCGCAGCCCACACCUCGCAGCAGAAUGGGGUCAGGAGACACCGCAUCGCUCAUGGCGUCUUGCAGCAUGCUCUAGGCGCUGCUACCACUGAUGGUGACCAUGAACCACUUGAAGGAGGAGCAGGUUUGGUGUCGGACAUCGAGGAGGACAGGCAGCUUCUAUGGAUUCACCGAGCGCCUGAACAGGACACUUAUGGACUGUGUACGCUGCCUUCUCCAGCACGCUGGCAUGCCCAAGGUGUUUUGGGGAGAGGCACUCAACACCUCCUGCCAGAUCGCCUCCUUCGGGCGCUCCUUCAGCAACUCCUCCUGGCUCUGCAUCGGCUGGAUUGUCUGGCGCUGGGUGGAGAUGUGGAACGUCGUCCAAAAUCUCAGAAAGAUCCCCCAGAGAUGGUGAAGAAACAGGAGGGAGUCUCAGGGUAUCUCGAUAAAGAUGAGCUUCAUCAAACACCACAUCUCGGCUCACCACCAGUUUCCUGCGCUGCCAGUUAUAGAGUCGAUAGGCUUUUACCUGGGUGUGAUAGCCCAUGAAGAUGCAUUUCUCGCUCUUGGGAUCCAGCUUCCGCCGCUGAACAUCGGGGAUGUGGGCGUAGGCUAUGCAACCAAACACCCUCAAGUGACCUAAUUUGGGGCGCUUCCCUGUCCAUACUUGAAAUGGCACCUGUCCUGUGGAACGUGUUGGCAGCCGGUUCCGGAGAUACAUUGCUGCCCCAGGCGGCUCUACACGGACCAGAAGCUGAGCACUGGCAGGCAGCUAUGCAGGAGGAGUAUGAUUCUCUCCAGAAAAACAACACUUGGUCGCUGGUUGAACUUCCAGCUCGCAGAAAGCUCGUCUCAUCCAAGUGGUUGUUUAAGAAAAAGUACAACGCUGAUGGAAGCAUUGAGCGCUACAAGGCGAGAUUUGUGGCACGCGGAUUUUCUCAAGUUCAUGGGCUGGACUACUCGGAGACUUACAGCCCUGUGGUGAAACUCACAACCAUUCAUAUGCUACUAAUCUUAGCUGCAGAAUUGGAUCUCGAGCUCCAUCAACGGGCAUGGUCAAGCUAUUGUGUGACAACCAGUCUGCAAUAGCUUUGACCAAGAACUCCAGGUUCCACUCUCGUACUAAACACAUUGAGCUGCGCUUCCAUUUUAUACGAGAGCAGAUCCAGAGAGGAAUGAUCGAGCUGGAGUUCUGCCCGACAAACUCCAUGCUAGCGGACGUGCUAACAAAACCACUUCCUCGUGUUAAACAUGAAGUCUUCACGAAGGCUCUUGGGCUGACUUUAGACGUUGGCCUUGAGGAGUGUGGGAGUGAACAAGACCACGUCAGCACACAGCCACGUGAGCGAUCCAGACGCCGCCACGGAUCGUCACGAUAAACCCAUACAUUUAACCAUGUAUCAACCGUCAUAAUAAUAACACAACACCGUUUCAUAA